UUACAGUGUGUUCAGCUGAUCAUCCAACCUGGAGAAUCACAAGGACGUCCACAGCAUGGAGAAACCAUGCAAAUGCGGGCACUGUGGGAAGGGAUUCACUCGCCAAACUAAGCUGGAAAGUCAUCGAUGCACACACACUGAGGAGAGGCCAUUCACCUGCUCCCAGUGUGGGAAGGGAUUCACUCAGUCCUCCGCCCUCCAGUCACACCAGCAAGCUCACACUGAUAAGAGACCAUUCAGCUGCACCGACUGUGGAAAGAGGUUCAGGUGUUCAUCUAACCUCACUGUACACCAGAGAAUUCAUACUGGGGAGCGGCCAUUCUCCUGCCCUGCAUGUGGGAAGGGUUUCAUUCAGUCAACUGCCCUGCUGACACACCAGCAUGUUCACACUGGGGAGAGGCCAUUCACCUGCUCCAAGUGUGGGAAGGGAUUCAUUAAUUCAUCCCACCUACUGACACACCAGCGAAUUCACACCGGGGAGAAGCCAUUUACCUGCUUCAAGUGUGGGAAAGGAUUCGCUCAGUCAAACAACUUGCAGUCACACCAGCGUGUUCACACUGGGGAGAGGCCUUUCACUUGCUCUGUGUGUGGGAAGGGAUUCACUCAGUCAUCUAACCUGAUGAAACACCAGCGAGUCCACAAGUGAUUACAGGGGUUGGAUUCUGCUGUUAUUGCUGCUGUUAAUCACAUCCAGGACUGAUCAUCUGACGAUAUUAGAUUUUUUCUGCUAAUGUUAACAUUCCCUCUCACUAGUUGGCUGGAGUUUAAUAUCCUAGAGGUGCCACUGAUUUUCAGGGUCGCAGUGUCUCUUUUCAAAAGCACCAUCUGUGAUCUUUCCCCUUAAUUCAUUGUCUUUCACCAGGAGCUCACUUACAAUAAAAUUAUGAACUUUU